GUCUCAGCCUUGAGCCUGGAUGAGCUCGACGAGCAGCUCCAGAAAUGCGCGAUUGUCCAGGACCUCAACGCCGCCAAGGCUGAGCACGGCGGGCACGCGACGUCGUCGUUCACGGCGCGCCUCUUCGCCGUUCUAUUCCCCGGCAGCCCCGCCGUCAACGCCCUGCUGGCCACGCUCUACAUAUCCGGCCCCCCCAACUUCCUGCUGGCGCUGUGCCCGACCAACAUCGACCCCUCGUCGCUCUCCGUCAUGGUGGCAUUCGCCGUCGGCGGCCUGCUGGGAGACACCCUCUUCCACCUGCUCCCCGAGAUCUUCAUCGGCGAGGACAGCCCCGAGAGCGUGCGGUUCGUGCUUGUCGAGCCCAACCGCAACCUCCUGCUGGGCGUGGCCAUCCUGGUCGGCUUCAUGACCUUCGUUGCCAUGGACAAGGGCUUGCGCAUUGCCACGGGCGGCGCGGGGGGGCACGACCACGCACACGGCCACUCGCAUGGCCCCGCGGCUCCCUCCGGUGAGAGUUCCUCCGCUUCUGACGGCAUAUCGACUGCGGUCGAUGUGCAAGGGUCCAGCAAGGGAGUCACCAGCCGGAAAAAGGAGGCUGCGGCUGCUGCGACCCCCCAAGGCGCUGCGCCAGCAAAGGAGGUCAACCCCUCGGUUAAGCUCGGCGGCUUGCUGAAUCUAAUUGCCGACUUUACCCACAACAUCACGGACGGCCUAGCCAUGUCAGCCUCGUUCUACGCGUCGCCGGCCAUCGGAGCCACCACUACAGUCGCUGUCUUCUUCCACGAGAUCCCGCACGAGGUGGGCGACUUCGCACUGCUCGUGCAGUCGGGCUUCUCGAAGCGCGCAGCGAUGGGCGCCCAGUUCGUGACAGCCCUCGGGGCGUUACUAGGAACACUCAUCGGGAUCGCGGUGCAGGAGUACGGCGGGGCGGGUGGCGGCGGCGGCGGCGCGCCGGGCAUGAGAGCCGGGCUCUGGGGCACCAGCCUCACGUGGGGCGACAUGCUGCUGCCCUUCACGGCGGGCACGUUUCUCUACGUCGGCACUGUCGCCGUGAUCCCCGAGCUCCUCGAGACGGGCCCCAAUAAGGGCGCCGAGCUGCGCAAGACGCUCGUGCAGUUCGCUGCCAUCGCCGUCGGCGCAGGAAUCAUGCUGUACAUCUCUUGGCAUGACUAA